UCCUCUAUGUUUUCGCACACUGGAAACAGUCAUUAGGGACGCUAGAAAGAAAGGAGUGCCAUACGGGAACGGCGACAAGGGAGAGGUUUUUUUUUUCUUUCUUUCUUUUUUUUUUUUUUUUUUAAGGUUGUGCAACAUAAUCCAUCGCAGCAGUGCUAUUGAUGCAAGCUCUAAGACAAAGGAACACCAAACUUGCCCGGUGUGGAGCUCAGAGCAGAAAUAAGAGGCUUUAGGAGACUCGUGGUCCAGCUCAACUUCACCGCGUUUUUACCGUUUUCUUUUACGCGUAAAGCUGCAAGAGCAACACUUUGAGACAUUUCCGCAAGGUAUCCUUUUUAUUAAUAACUUUCCGCUGCGUGUAGACAAAUCAUCGGAUAUUUCGCCCACCGCGCGUUCUGAGCCUUUAAGGGAUUCUUACCAAAUAUAGCCACUGUAAACUGCUGGAGUGUCCUUGACGAAGCUGCGCGGUCCUAGGUUUAAUAUUUGCAGCGCUGCCAAAGUUUAUAAUUAAAUGCUCUGAUCAUCUUGGGUCAUCGGGCCUGACCGACACAUUUGGUCUGAUUAGCAAAUUGGACACACUGAAUUUGAAUCAGUUGGUGUGUUGUUGUUAUUAUAGAAGAUUUCGCGGUUCCUCUUAUAUCUUUCUUCCUAUUGUGAACUGCAGCAUGUUGAUUUAAAAACGCUCAGCAACCUGAGAUCGCUCCCACCAGAAGCCAUUUUUAAGUCUUUGAUUUACCAUCCUGCCUGAGUCACUGAACACAGGCUGCUCAGCCUGUUCUGGACUGCAGCCUUAACCUGAGCACAUACAUUUAAGCACAUUUCCCCCCCUCUCUAUUGUUUUCAAAUCUCCCGCAAUGACUUUUUGUGCGUCUUGCUCUGGGCGCGGUGGAUGUGCCACGACUCGGUUUUUCCUCACCAUCUGUGUCUUGGCGCUGGGCUCGGCGGUGGGCUCGGCUGGAGCUGAAGCCCAGCAGGCCAAGCCGACCGGGGAGAGCCCACCGGCGGUCACCCUCCGCACUCUGCUUAGGGGAGCCUGCCAGGAGAUCCAGCAGUACGCGGAGUCCGUGGUGGGAACCGGUGUGCUGCGGUCAGCUGCUGAGUUUUUCGAGAUGGUGAUCCGGUUCCUGGCCGAAGGAGCUGCCAGCGGCCUGAACGUCAUUGCCGUGUACGUCGCAGAGAUCCUCAGGGUCACGGGAUUCGACGUUGCGCUGACGUUGCCCCGAUUCACUCCGGAGGGUGUGACCGCCGUCGCCCAGUGGGGUCUGGUGGCUCUCAUUGGCUACUGGGCGCUGACCAUCGUGCUCCGUGUGCUGAUCGCGGUGGUGAGGCGGGUGUUCUGGGUGGUGAAAACCGUCUUGGCGCUUUGGCUCUUCGGACUGAUGGUGACCGACAAGACCGCCGACGCAGAGACCACGGCGGUUCGACUGGCCAUCCUGGUGCUGGUUUGCGUCCUGGUGACUCUGCUCACAUCUGCCUCUGAAAAGUCGUGUGCAGUGGAACACCGGCUGAGCUGCCUGGAGGCCCGGCUGAAGGCAGCAGAGAAGAGGAAAGGGGAAUAGCGAUGGGAGUGGGUUGAGAGGAGUAAAGAUGGACAAAGGUGAUGGUAAUGUCGAUUAAGAAAAUAGUAAUUUUGAUGGUUUCUAUAUGUGUGGCAAACUAUUAUGGCAAAUAAAGUAAUCUCUGGGAUUUUAAAUCA